CCUGGGCAGCGGUCCUGCCCGCGGGCAGUGCCGUGCCGUGCCACCCCCAGCAUAAAAGCGAGGACUGCUCGGUCGCCGUGGUGCCGCAGUUUGCCGCUCUCGGCACUCGUUCGGCUUCCUCUCUUCUCUUUCCGGCCUAUCAGCAGUCAGUUUCUCUCGUCUGCCUGUGCUGCUUGUGGAGGUACAGUGCUGAUGGCGUCCAACUACGUCGACACCGGGGCGGAGGAGGGCAGGUUCCACGGCCACCACAGCACGACGCCGACCAGCGCGGCGGCGUCGCCGAAGACGCUGCGGAGGAGCUCGUCGUCCGCCCACAGCCACGGCCACGGGCCCAAGUGCGUGUGCGCGCCGGCCACGCACGCAGGCUCCUUCAAGUGCCGCCUCCACCGCAGCAGCUCCCACGGCCACGGCCACGGCCACGGCAGCAACCCGGCGUCCCCUCCCUCCCCGGCCACCUUCGCCGCUGCGCCGCCGCCGGCCGCGGCCGCGUCCUCCUCCCGCACCGUCGCGGCGCAGUGACGGCGCCCCAAGAAACGCCGACCCAGCAGCAGUGAAGAGAGGAGAAGAGAAGAGAGAAACGGCAAAAGGGAAAAAGGAAAACACACUCUCUCUGUUAUUAUGCGACACGAGAAAGGGAGCUUAUUUGUUCCUCCCUUCAUCUUCACGUACGCCAACGGCAGAAUUUCCCAUUUCGUUUCACUUCCUCCUCCCCCCCUCGUCUUUUAACCUUUUUUGGCUGAGAUAUCCAUCGAUUCUCGCUGGAAUGGUCUUCCCCUCCUUCGGUCAGAAGAAACCCUCCCUGGUUGUACUGUACUAGGCAAUGCGCAUCCUGCUAGAUCGCCUCCGCUGAAAUGGAAAGCGUAUGUGUGAUGGUGACAUGAAGUUCACUUGUGUAAUUAUUACCAUUUCAGUAAAUCCAUGCUUCUUGCAGGAGUUGUGAUCU